GCCCCCUGCGGGCGCCAGCGGGGCGGCGCAGCCCCAUGGAGCGGGUGAGCGAGGCCGCCGCCUGCGGCCCCUCGUCGGGCUGCUACACGUACCAGGUGAGCCGGCACAGCGCCGACAUGCUGCACAGCCUCAACCAGCAGCGCAAGAACGGCGGCCGCUUCUGCGACGUGCUCCUCCGCGUGGGCGACGAGAGCUUCCCGGCGCAUCGGGCCGUGCUGGCCGCUUGCAGCGAGUACUUCGAAUCGGUGUUCAGCGCGCAGCUGGGCGACGGGGCAGGCGGCGGCGGCGUGGAGGGCGGCGCGACGGAGGCGGCGGCCGGCGGGGCGGCGGCGGCGGCCGGCGGGACUCCCGGGGGCGGGCGGGAGCUGGAGAUGCACACCAUCAGCUCCAAGGUCUUCGGAGACAUCCUGGACUUUGCCUACACGUCGCGCAUCGUCGUGCGGCUGGAGAGCUUCCCGGAGCUCAUGACAGCCGCCAAGUUCCUGCUGAUGCGCUCUGUGAUUGACAUCUGCCAGGAGGUCAUCAAGCAGUCCAAUGUGCAGAUCCUCGUGCCCCCUGCACGCCCUGACAUUAUGCUCUUCCGUCCCGGGGCUGCGGACCUCGGCUUCCCUCUCGACAUGACCAACGGUGCCGCUUUGGCACCCAAUGGCAACGGCAUUGCUGGUAUGCCCGAAGACGAGGCCACACGGGCCGCGCUCACUGCCGCCCAGUCCUCCCUACCUGUUCUGCAGGGUGUGGACCGCCUGCCCAUGGUGGCAGGACCUCUGUCCCCACCACUGCUGGCCUCACCCUUCCAGAAUGUUGCUGCUAGUGCCCCCCCUUUAAGCACCAAGAGGGGCAGAGGGCGUCCCCGUAAAGCCAAUCUCUUGGACUCCAUGAUGUUUGGUACCCCAGGCGGCCUGAGAGAGGCUGGCAUCUUGCCUUGUGGCCUCUGUGGGAAGGUAUUUACGGAUGCUAAUCGUCUUCGUCAGCAUGAGGCUCAACACGGGGUGACAAGCUUACAGCUGGGCUACAUAGACAUCCCACCCCCAAGACUGGGGGAAAACGGAGUCCCUGGUCAGGAUGACCCCGAUGCACCCCGAAAAAGAAGCAGGACGAGGAAACAGGUGGCCUGUGAGAUCUGUGGCAAGAUUUUUCGGGACGUGUACCACCUGAAUCGGCACAAGCUGUCACACUCAGGCGAGAAGCCUUACUCUUGUCCUGUGUGUGGCUUACGGUUCAAGCGGAAAGACAGGAUGUCCUAUCAUGUUCGAUCUCACGAUGGCUCUGUGGGAAAGCCCUACAUCUGCCAGAGCUGUGGAAAAGGCUUUUCCAGGCCAGACCACUUGAAUGGACACAUCAAACAGGUGCAUACCUCAGAGAGACCUCACAAGUGUCAGCAGGAAAAUGGCAGCCACCAUGGAAUAAGCUCAGAGACAUCCACAUCCAUAGAAAAGUUGAAACUUCAAGAGACUUGUAAUGCUUCCUUUGCCACUCGUGAUCGACUGCGCUCACACCUAGCAUGUCAUGAAGACAAAGUUCCAUGUCAGGUGUGUGGGAAGUACUUGCGAGCAGCAUACAUGGCAGAUCAUUUGAAGAAACAUAGUGAAGGACCAAGCAAUUUCUGCACUAUCUGUAACCGAGGUUUCUCCUCUGCCUCCUACUUAAAGGUCCAUGUUAAAACCCACCACGGUGUUCCCCUUCCCCAGGUCUCCAGGCACCAGGAGUCCAUCCCGAAUGGGGGAGCAGCGUUCCACUGCGUCAGGACCUAUGGCAUCAAAGAAGGCCAGAAAUGUUCACAUUCGGACCCGAUUGAGAGUUCUGAUUCGUAUGGAGACCUCUCUGACACCAGUGACCUCAAGACUCCUGAGAAACAGAGCACCAAUGGGUCGUUCUCGUGUGACAUGGCAGUCAGCAAAAACAAAAUGGAGACGGAAGGAGAGAAGAAGUACCCUUGCCCUGAAUGUGGCAGCUUUUUCAGAUCAAAGUCUUAUCUGAACAAACACAUACAGAAAGUUCACGUCAGGGCCCUUGGUGGCCCAUUGGGGGACCUCGGUCCUGCUCUGGGAUCCCCCUUUUCACCCCAACAGAACAUGUCUCUCCUGGAGUCGUUUGGGUUUCAGAUCGUCCAGUCAGCGUUUGCAUCAUCCCUAGUGGAUCCAGAGGUCGACCAGCAACCAAUGGGGCCAGAGGGAAAAUGAGAUCGGUGUGAUCUUAACAAAGCAAAGCAGCAGUCUGGCUAUAGUGAUAAGAUGCUGUGAAUGAAAGAGGAAGUAAUGAAAUUUGGUUCUAUAGCUGAGAAUUUUUUUACUCGUUUUAGCUUCCCUCUUUGUCUCAUGCCCUACCCCACCUUUAAACCUUCACUGGGGAGAGGGAGGAAAUGCUUCUUAGCUGAUAAAUUGCAGAAAAUGGUGACCUUGAAUGGGAGACAUGACCUAAAACACCAAAUGGAGCUUUAGAUGCUGGUGCUGGUGUUUUGUCACGAUCUUCUAGGAUAAAUAAAAGUUGCCAGCACUGAUCUGAGAAGUAGACAGUCCUAGUGACUGAGGCACCUGGGGAGCUACAGCUACAAGGAGCUAUGCUUUUUUUCCUCUCUCUAUUCCCCACCUUCCCUAACCCACCCCAGAAAAACAGUAGGUUUUAAAAACAGACCCAUUAUUGACCCAUUAUGGAAUAUAACAUUAAGUAAAAUGCCCCGUGGUACCUAGCAGUUUACAAUGCAGUUGUCCUUUUAAAACCAGAAAAAUUUAAAGAAGGUGAGAGAAUUUGAACCCCUUCUGCCAUUUGUGAGGCUGUGAGUGCUGCAGCAGGAUUGAACUGCUGGGAAGAAUCACCAUUCAGAACAGGUUGUUUUUGUUACUUUUAACCAUGAAACUUGCUGUCAGGUUUUUAAUUCUCUUAUUAUUUUAGGACCUGUUGUAGUGAAUUGCUACUGAAAAGCCCAUCUGAGGCGAUACACAGAGCACUCUUAAAGCAGCAGUCACAUUAGGGUUAGUGUUCUUUUUUUUUUAGAUGUACCAUAAUUAAUAACUUGGCUAGUUGAUUGUUUUAAGUCUAUGAAAGAAAUAGUUUUAUGAAAAAAAAAAAAAGGAAAAAAAAAAGGAAGGAAGAAUACCAUUGCAGUCUGGUUGACUGGUGCUCAUUUUCCAUGUGGGGACCUAGGGUAUAAACACAAUCAGUUACCGGGUUAACACUAUGUACCACUGACUUGUUUAGUGUGAAUAAACCCAGGGGUUCACACAGUGAUUUUGAUUUAAUUGGAUUGGACUCUAUUAAAGAAGUUAGUAUGUUACUUUGCAUCCCCUUGUUUUGUCUGGUUUUUGAGCAUUUUAGCCACCUGUCCAAGAGGUGUGCAAAUGAGAACCAGUAAAUAAGACAUUAAUCCCACUCUACGCUGUAUUGUAAACUCAGUGAGCUGGGCUUUUUGGCUACAGUUGUGUUCUCCUGAUAUGCCUCUGAUCAGGUUUGAAAAAGCCAGUCUUACUCCUUUCUUUCCCAAAGAAGAAGGGGUUCUGCUAUAAGAGACAGGAAUUGCAAACAGCAUAUAUCUGAAAAAUAAUUGAUUACAGAAUGCAAAGAAGCUGGGCUCUAGGCUGUUGGAGGUUCCAUUUAAUCUGAAAAUGCCACUUGUGCAGAAAUAAUGUCCCUUCUUGACUCUCCCUUUCCCCCCAUGUAACUUGUCAAGGUCUUAUGUACCAAAUCCAGGUAUAAAUGUUGUUUAACACAGGGUUAGGAGUUAGGAAUAUUCUGAGUUAUAAUUAUGGUUCUGCUGUUGAUGCUCAAGGUCACAUAGGACAGCUCUUUGAAUUUAUUCCUUAAUUUCCCAUCUGUGAAGAGUUUUCUCUACCUCACAAUUGUUGUGAGGGUUGAUAAGCAAAGAUUUAAGCAGUAAUUUAACAAACUAAGGUGCUGUGUGUAUUGAAUGUUUCUAGAAAGGUCCCUCUAAAGAGCCCAAGUCCCAGACCAAACUUGCCUUCUAUGAAACAAUAGCAGUCUCCAUCAUGAUACAGUGCUAGACAGAUCACCUUAGACCUGGUCUGAGGAGACCUGUUCUGAGGGUAGACCACCUCAGACCAGGACCUCCAUCCUCUGUAGGAGAUAGGUCUGUAUUAAGUGUAAACAUAGCCACCAACUGCUCAUGUUCCACAACUUAGUUGCCCAGGUGCCCCUAAUCCAAACCCUGCAGGUAAUGCAUAACUGAAAUAAGACACAUGCCUGUUUUGGUUUUGUUCUAGAAUUAUAGAGCAUUCUCUAAAUAUAUGCAAUUUGGAAUGACUAAAUUCUACAGCCCCAGCGUCUCUCUUGUAAGAAGCUACUUUUUUUUUUGUACUUCCAUCUCGAGUAUUACAAAACAAGGAUGAAUAAUGAAUUGUUUUCUCCUUAUAGCACCAGCACUUUCUAAAUUGAGAGCACGUUGCAGUGGACAUGGUGUUUUGCUAUUAAUCUGUGUUGGGAGAUUGAAGGACAUGUUCUUCUCCGUCUUCCCUCAGAAUCCCUGGAAUAGGAAUAAGUCUCAUUUAAAAAGGAAAAAAACAAAACAACCUGCCUUGAAACUAAAGCUUCAUGGAAUUGCUGUUGCUGUACUGGUAAGCUUAGUUGACAAGUAGAAACAGGACAUUUCAGAUAGGUUACAAGAUAUUUUUAAAUGCCUUACAAAUCUGGACUGUGCUGAGACAACCUCGCAAGCUGUCAAGCAAGUCAAGAUAGAGCAGGUUUUCCAGUCAGCAUAACAACUCUUUGGGAUUAUCAAAUGCAACUGCAAUCACUCUGAUUUACUAAUAGCUCAUAUUUAAGCCAGCAGGGAAAUGUCUGUUGAAUUGAGGCUAUAUUCUGAAAGCUCUUAAGAAGUUUGUGUCCCUGAUGUUUGUAUGUGCACUCAAAAGAGGGUGCACUAGUCAGAAAAUUCAACUCCAAAAGCCAAGUCCGGAAUAUAGGAUAUUUUUAUUCUACAUUUAGCUCCACUGACUUCAGUGUUACUGGUGGGCUGAAUUUUGGCCACAUGUGUCAGACUUCAGUUUUCAACACUACAGAAUUUGGCCCAAUGAAACAAAUGAAAAGCCUUGUACUGAAAAAGAAGCCGCCCGAAACACUAACUAUGCAUUUUGCUUGUCAAAGAAAACGCUUACUAAGUUAUCACGAAUAGAUUGAAUGAAAACUACUUACUUCUCAGUCUAGCGGACAGGAAAACAAUCAGGCAGGAAGUUAACAAUUCUGAAAUGAAGGUUCUGGAUCAUCCUAGUGUAAAUGGGAGAGAUUUGCACCAGCACAGGAGGCUGGUGCACGCUAGUGCCAGCAGUGCGUUGGACAGAUCUUUAGCAGUAGUGUGUGUCCAGGCCUUUUUGCUUCUUUGCGGGCAUAGUGUUCAAUUUUGGAUAGCAAUUUAAUCUAUAUGCAAGUUCUUUAUAUUCUGUUCUUUGGGAAAUAUCUGCUUCUCAUAGAACAGAAGACAGAUCCAAAUAGACUCAUAAAGUUCAGAGUUUGAAGGAAAGUCCUCAACAUGCCCUGAGCUGCAACCUCACUUGUUUCUGUUACAUUUUUAAUUGGCAGAUCAGUGUAUAGAACCUAGGUCUCAUUUUGGGAACUUUAUAUAAAUUUAGAUGUAGCAUUUCUUUGUGUUAUUGGAGUCCCUAAACCCCUCAAUGGAGGCUCAGACCCUCAUAUAUUAGGUGUGUUGGAAACAUUUUCAACCAUUUAUAUUCUAAACAUUAAAGACAGCAAGAAAGGAAUAGAUGCUUAUAGGUGAACAAGAGGAAUAAAGAUGAAGGACUAAAAACUGCUUGCAUGCAUGCUUAAGUGUUGUGAAUGUAGGGGCACAGACUUAUCAUUGGGCUUCUUUUGUUGCCUGAACUUGUCUGUGUGUACUGUUAAUCCACAACAAAUGCAAGGUAAAGCAAUUUAAUAUGGAUUUGGUGAUGUUACCUUGCAUUUGUCAUGUGUUAGAUGUGUGCAAAUAGACUUGCUAGUGUGGCUCACCUGAUGGUAAUGUGGCACAUGUGAGCUCUCAACCUGAAGUGAUUUGCCCAUGAUGAUGUGAGAAAUUGAUAGCAGAACCAGAAAUUGAACACAGAUUUUUCCUUCUCUCAAUCCGUGCCUUAACUGUAGUAGGGCAAAGUAUUAUAUGUUGGGGGGAUAAUUGUUUUGUUUGGUUUUUAAAGCCUAGAACUAAAAGGUGGUGUGGAGUUGGUCUUCCUACCAAUCUUCUGAAUAAUUGCAAAUGCCCAGUCACCAUUUUAGACCUGUCUGAGUGCCAGUGACUUAGGGAAUAUUUGUUAUUUCCCACGUAUUCCCUGAAACUAUUGUUCCUCCUUCACCUGCUGUCAGCAGUAAGGAAUAACUUGAAUAGAAAAGCUGUGUAACUGAAUGUCUAUUUAACUCAACUAAUUGAAUUGAUAGUACAAAAGCUAACCUAGAUUUUGUAGGCUCUGUUGUAACUUUAGUGUCUUGUUUUUUUCACUAAAUCUUUGUUCCUAGAAGUCAGUAUCUGAACUUAUGUCUUGAGUCUGGAGUGGGGUACCACUUUCAGCUUCAUUUUUCUUUAAGGUGCUUGCUUGAGGAAGUAGAUGCCAAAGUAAACUUCAAAAGAACUCCAGACUUCACUGUUGGAAGAGCAAGAGCUCUCUUUGGGUUUCAUGAGAGAUAAAUGGACAAAGUAAAAAACAGCUACCAAAAUUUUAAGUGAUGAAACAGGAAAGACUUUUCUUUAUCAUCCAUAAAAAUAAUCAGAUGUUUUCAAUUGUUCAUCCUGGCAGAAACUCUUGAGAGCAAGUGCCAAAAAAAAACAGGGAAUGUGAAGGGUUUUUCAGCAUUAUGAAUAUACCUUAGCAGCAUUAUAAGUAUUCUAAUGUAAAUUAAGCCAGCUGUGUGCCAUUCACUGUUUGCCUGGGCACAGUACCUGAGUUUUAAUUGAAUACAUCAUAAGCUCACUGUCAAUCUCUGAGCUUGUGCUUUCAGUUCUACCCCAAGAGACAACUGAGCAAAGAGGGAAAAAACCCAAUAAGGAGACUUAAAAGGGAAACCCGAUUCUAGAAGAUUCACAUGUUUCCUGAGAGAGUCCCAUUUUUUUAUCCUGGACAUCCUUUCAAAACAAGAUCUUUAAUCUGUUGUGAGAGCCUGUGGGAACAGAUUUGGCUUUCAGCUGGAUGUGCAGCUCCCUGUCUCUGCUGGGGGCUGGGUGUUCGUGGGCCUGGGCCUGGGCCUAGGACUGAGGCCACGCUUUCUGUUGCAGAGUCAGCAGCAACAUUGGCAUAAAGUCUUCCUGCCUAUUCCCCUGACGCCU